GGUUACUCCAACUCAGUUUCUCUAUCUCCUCGUGCCAUAAACCUCAAACACAAUGAAAAUGGGGAUCCUCUAUUUUCUAGUCACCUUGCUGGUUUCAUUGGCGCAUGUGAAUGCAAGGAACAUUUUCUUGAUUGAGAAUGCUGGAAAAUCUAUGUUAGAAUAUGGUGACUCCCUACAUGGAUCAGUGGUAGUGGACCUUACUCCUGAAGAGGAGGUUCCUUCAUUGGAAGUAUUACCACCAGACUUCAUCUGUCAUUCAUGCCUGGAGGUUUCAAGAAAAGCUGAGGAGAUCUUAACUGAUCCAAUGUUGUUAGAGAAAGCAGGUGAAAUCUCAACUGAAGUUUGCCAGGUUCUGCCUUCAGAUUUACAAGUAAAGUGUUUGAAUAUGUCGGAGACGUACGUGCAUCAGGCUAUUUUGUUUCUGCAAGAGUACUUUUGCGAAGAAAAUCUUUGCAACAGCACAGGGUUAUGCACAGGAGAUACUGAAACUCCAUCAGCAAAGGGUGUUGUACAUCAGAGUGGGACACAAUCCUGGCUUCUGACUCCAAUGCACCUGCACAGAUUCACCAACAAGAUAUCAGAUGAAAAAACCUGCACUGCAUGUCACAACGCAAUGGAUGAACUACUCAAGGAAUUACAGAACCCUGAGACAAAGAUGAAGGUGCUCAAAAUUCUUCUUAAAGCUUGUGAAAAUGUUGAGAAUCACGUCAAGGAAUGCAAGAAGAUGGUUUUGGAAUAUGGUCCCCUGGCCUUGGCAAACCUUGAGAAAUUUGUGACCAACAAUGACUUGUGCUCUGUUGUACAUAUAUGCCAUGGUGCCCCGCCUCAUGCUGAUGAGAUGACAGAUAGUGACAUUCCAUUCAUAGCAUUGCCGCAUACGAAAUACGUAAGAAGUAUACAAGCUCGGAUGGUUAUGUGAUUGAUAUGACAUGGUGGACGAGUGGUUUUUAUGUACCUUUCAUUAAAGACUGUAUCCUAUGAUGCUCAGCCUGUGAAGGUACCGUGUCCAUGACCGUCGUUGACGGAUUGGCUGGUAUUGGUUGCAGUGUGCAUAUAGUCACUGGCUGGUAUCGCUUGCAGUAUGCAUAUAUUGAACUUUGUUGCAUCCGUUUUUAUUAUCAA